GGGGGCUCGGGCACAGUUGCUGGAGUGGCCGGCGGCCGCGGGGUGCAGGCCUGGUGGGAGCCCCCGCGGGCCGGGCCGUGAUGAGCCAUGGCAUCGGUCAAGGUGGCCGUGAGAGUCCGGCCCAUGAAUCGCAGAGAAAAGGACCUGGAAGCCAAGUUUAUCAUUCAAAUGGAGAAAAGCAAAACGACAAUCACAAACUUAAAGAUACCAGAAGGAGGCACUGGGGACUCAGGCAGAGAACGGACCAAGACCUUCACUUAUGACUUCUCUUUUUACUCUGCUGACACCAAGAGUCCAGAUUAUGUUUCACAAGAAAUGGUUUUCAAAACUCUGGGCACAGAUGUCGUGAAAUCUGCCUUUGAAGGUUAUAAUGCUUGUGUCUUUGCAUAUGGGCAAACUGGAUCCGGAAAGUCCUACACUAUGAUGGGAAAUUCUGGUGAUUCUGGUUUAAUACCUCGGAUCUGUGAAGCGCUCUUCAGUCGGAUCAGUGAAACCACCAGAUGGGAUGAAGCCUCUUUCAGGACGGAAGUCAGCUACUUAGAAAUUUACAACGAACGCGUGAGAGAUCUACUUAGGCGGAAGUCAUCUAAAACCUUCAAUUUAAGAGUCCGUGAGCAUCCCAAAGAAGGGCCUUACGUUGAGGAUUUAUCCCAGCAUUUAGUCCAGAACUACAGUGACGUGGAAGAACUUAUGGACGCAGGGAAUAUCAACCGUACCACUGCAGCGACGGGGAUGAAUGAUGUCAGUAGUAGGUCUCACGCCAUCUUCACCAUCAAGUUCACUCAGGCGAAAUUCGACGCUGAAAUGCCGUGUGAAACUGUGAGCAAGAUCCACCUGGUCGAUCUUGCUGGAAGUGAGCGUGCGGAUGCCACUGGUGCCACUGGGGUCAGGCUCAAGGAAGGGGGCAAUAUAAACAAGUCCCUCGUGACUCUGGGAAAUGUCAUUUCUGCCUUAGCUGAUUUAUCUCAGGAUGCAGCCAACCCUCUUGUGAAGAAGAAGCAAGUUUUUGUGCCUUACAGAGAUUCUGUUUUGACUUGGCUCUUGAAAGACAGCCUUGGAGGAAACUCUAAAACCAUCAUGAUUGCUACCAUUUCACCUGCUGAUGUCAAUUAUGGAGAAACCCUAAGUACCCUUCGCUAUGCAAAUAGAGCCAAAAACAUCAUCAACAAGCCUACCAUUAAUGAGGAUGCCAACGUCAAGCUCAUCCGUGAGCUGCGAGCCGAAAUAGCCAGGCUGAAAACCCUGCUCGCUCAAGGGAAUCAGAUUGCCCUCUUGGACUCCCCUACAGCCUUAAGUAUGGAGGAAAAACUUCACCAGAAUGAAGCAAGAGUUCAAGAAUUGACCAAGGAAUGGACAAACAAAUGGAAUGAAACCCAAAAUAUUUUGAAAGAGCAGACUCUAGCCCUCAGGAAAGAGGGGAUUGGUGUGGUUCUGGACUCCGAGCUGCCUCACUUGAUUGGCAUUGAUGAUGACCUUCUGAGUACUGGGAUCAUCUUGUAUCACUUGAAGGAAGGGCAGACUUACGUUGGCCGAGAAGAUGCUUCAACAGAGCAAGAUAUUGUCCUUCAUGGUCUUGACUUGGAGAGUGAGCACUGUGUCUUUGAGAAUGUUGGGGGAACGGUGACUCUGAUACCCCUGAGCGGGUCCCAGUGCUCCGUGAAUGGUGUUCAGAUUGUGGAUGCUACACAGCUAAAUCAAGGUGCUGUGAUACUCUUGGGAAGAACCAACAUGUUCCGCUUUAACCAUCCAAAGGAAGCUGCCAAGCUCAGGGAGAAGAGGAAGAGUGGCCUUCUGUCCUCCUUCAGCUUGUCUAUGACCGACCUCUCCAAGUCGUGUGAGAACCUGUCUGCCGUCAUGUUAUAUAACCCUGGACUUGAAUUUGAGAGACAACAGCGUGAAGAACUUGAAAAACUUGAAAGUAAAAGAAAACUCAUCGAAGAGAUGGAGGAAAAGCAGAAAUCGGACAAGGCAGAGUUAGAGCGAAUGCAGCAGGAGGUGGAAACCAGGCGCAAGGAAACAGAGCUUGUUCAGCGGCAGAUCCGCAAACAGGAAGAAAGCCUCAAACGCCGCAGCUUCCACAUUGAAAACAAACUCAAGGACCUGCUGGCCGAGAAGGAAAGGUUUGAGGAAGAAAGGCUCAGGGAGCAGCAGGGACUUGAGCAUCAGAGGAGGCAAGAAGAAGGGAGCUUAUCCCGCAUCAGAGAGGAGCUUCGCAGGCUCCAAGAGCUCAACAGCCAUGAGCAGGCGGAGAAGGUCCAGGUAUUCCAGGGGCUGGACCAGCUGCACAGAGAACAAGAUGCCCAGAGUUCCAAGCUGCAGCUGGAGAAAAGGAGGCUGGAGGAGCAAGAGAAGGAACAAGUGCUGCUGGUGGCACACUUGGAGGAGCAGCUGCGGGAGCAGCAGGAGACUAUUCCACUGCUGUGUCCUGGAGGGGUCCAGCGGUCCCUGGAGGAAAAGAGGGAACUAGAAGUCAUCCAGGAAGCCCUCUUGCAGGCCAAAGAGGCUGGAGCACGAGGGAAUCACACAUGCGAGGAUGAACUGGAAAGGGCUCAGCUGUACUUCUUAGAGUUCAAGAGAAGGCAACUUAUCAGGCUAGCAAACCUGGAGAAGGACCUAGUCCAACAGAAAGACCUUCUAAGCAAAGAAGUCCAAGAAGAACAGGAAGCCCUGGAGCGUGUAAGAUGGAAAACCCAUGAGGAAGCUAGCUCGUUGGCAACAGAUAACAGUAGCAUCCCUUACCAGCCUGAAGAUCUAGAGAAAAUAAAGACUGCACAGUCCAGGCUACAAAGCAAAGAGCACCAGCUACGUGAUCUUCUGCAAAAUCAUUUGCCAGCUCUGCUGGAAGAAAAGCAGAGUGCUCUUGACAUCCUUGACAGGGGUGCCCUGGGCCUAGACAACACUCUCUACCAAGUAGAGAGAGAACUGGAAAAAAAAGAAGAGCUAGUCACAGAGUACCAGGCUAAGGCUAGCCAGCUGCAGCAGCUCUCGGCCACCUUCCAGUUCACAGCUAAUGUCACCAGACCGGAAGCGAACUUGAGAGAAAAGGAAAAGGAGAUUUUGGAGUCCCGGGAGAAUCAGCAGAGAGAAGCAUUGGAACAGGCUGUGGCCAAACUAGAGCAGAGGCGCUCUGCCCUACAGAGGUGCUCCACCCUGGAUCUGGAGGUGCAGGAGCAGAGGCAGAAACUUAACUCUCUCCACAGCCCCGAGCACUCAGGGCUGCAUGCCAGUCUGCAGGUCAAACAAGAGGACCUUGAGAAGGGCCCUGCAAGGUUAGAACAUGAAAUCCACCAGCUGAAACAGAAGAUCUGUGAGAUAGAUGGUGUUCAAAGACCUCAUCAUGGGACCUCAGAGGGGAAAGCUGCUCUUUCCGGCUUGCCACCCAGUGCUGAAAACUCUCAUCUGGCUCCACUGAUGGACGCCAGGAUCAGUGCAUACAUAGAGGAAGAAGUCCAAAGACGCCUUCAUGAUUUACACAGGGCGAUUGGUGAUGCCAGCCAUGUACCUGCUGAUGUGAUGAAGAGUAAUGAGGACCUUCACAAUGGCGCCACUCAACGUAAGCUAAAAUAUGAGAAAAAACAGCCAUGGUCUGCACGGUGUGUUAUCCCACUUCUGCCCAAAGAUGAUACUGACUCUUCCAGCGUCCUUAGAGAAGAAGAGAUUCAGGUGGAUCUGAGCAGCCGCUGGAGCCAUCCUACGUCCCAGAGCACCUCACGUCCCACAGCUCUCUUCAUGGCCUCCCAAGAGAGAAUGGUUCUGUCCCCAGGGCCUGAGGUACUAAAGAACACUAGUGAUAAACUUUGUUACCUUGGAAGCUCUGACCACCUUGAGCCAAAAUGUGUUCAUCUGCCUGAAAUCACUUUCCUUAAUGGGAUCACCACUAGGGAUGCACAGAAUUCCCAGAGUGGAUCAGAAAAUGGCAGUGGGCUGAUGACUCAUGAAGAGAAACAAAGCUGGGGAAUCAGGUCCAGCUGGACGCUGCUGCAACACAUGUCCCAGCUAGCACCAAUAGACAGAGGGAGCCAGCAAACGGUGCAAAGCAGGGUGCAGUGCUUUGUUCUCUCUGAAAGCAUUUCUCAAAAGGAGCAUCCCACUGGCAGCUCUCCUCAGAGCGCAUCAGCCUCCACAUUGUGUGGUGAGCAGCAAAAUGAGAAAGAGUUCGAUGCUGAAAACACUCACUUUCUAGCUCCGCUAGUCAAUAUCAGGACAGAAGCAAAGAAAGGACUGGGAUAUUUUUACCACAAGCUCUCAGACCUGUAUAAAGACACCAGUGGUCACCUGAUACAUGCUGGGACAAAAGUAAUGAGCCAAGCCAAGCAUGUAGGGAGUAUGUGUGACUCAGGUGGACUGGCCUCCCAAGUGACAUCUUUCAUCAGAGGCCUGCCACUGUUGGAGCGCUUACCCCUACAGCUGCCUGUGAGGUCACUCAUGAUGCUGUCAGAUCCUCCUCCUCUUCCUGAAACUCAGAUUGGCAGCCCUAACAGUGAAGAUGAGGGGAGCCCAAGGUCAGCCAAGAGGACAGCACCUUCCACGGACUUAACCUUCUCAUCUACAGGCUCACCAAAUUCCUGGCCAAACUCAGUUUUCUGUCUUGAUUAUGAAGAUUCCGGGAAGAUCACUGCAUUUAAGCAGACCCUUGUAUCAUUCCCACAGCAAAUGCGGAAGCUUCAAGAGUACCCUCUCACAGACCUCCUUGAGCACAUGACUUGUUCUCUGCCAGAGCUUUUGGGCAGAGUAAAGGCUGUCAAAGGCAUUUACUGGCUUGCUGUUGCUAACUGCACCCAACCUGAGCCCCAAGCUGCGUGCUUGCUCCUGCUGCCCUCAACUCUGUAUGCUCUGGUCCUGUUAGAUAAUUGCCCAGAUUCCAUGAGCAUCUUUCAUGUUCUUCCUCUCUCUGCACUGCAGGAGAUUCAGGUUGGCUUUGGUGGGCAAAGCAUUCGAUUCCUGGGCUCCACACAGGACCUCUUGCUAACUGUGCUUACUUACAACAAGAGCCUCUCUCAACAACUCUGUCAGGACCUCUUGGGUGUGUUGAUGCCUGGGUCUGAAGAUGCUGCCCCCAGAAGUCACCCUUUGCUCCAGCAGGAUCUGGUUCAGCUCUCUCUUGAUUUGAAAGCAGAAAUCCCUGCUCUAGCAUUGGCAAAUGGAGUUCAGUUGUCUUCCAAUUUCCAGAAUACCUUGGUUGAUAUGGUUUACUUUCUUCAUGGAAAUAUGGAGGCCAGCGUUCCUUCUCUGGCUGAAGUUCAGUUACUGCUCUAUACCACAGUCAGAUUGGAGAAUGAAGCCAGUUGUACCCCCUGCCUAUCAUUCAUCCUUCUGAACACGCACAUGGCACUCUUGAGGGAGGACCGCGUGUUUUACCCCCACACUGACUCUCUGAACACACUUCCUCCACAUGGGCGAUUUGAUGUGAUCAGAUGCCAACCUCUAAGUGAGUUCAGAUGUGUCAUUGUUCCAGAGAAGGACAAAGUGCCAACGAUAGAGCUGGUCUUUCUAAGGAAGCAUGGGCUUCCCUUGAACACAAAAAGUAGUUUAUCUGAGCAGUGUCAAGAUAUCUCAAGCACCCAGAUGCUCGCUCCGUUGCAUCUUCAGGAUGGGCAGAAUCAGGAGGGUGAUGUCUGGAAACUCACUUUCAAUUCUCAGGAUGAGGCCCUUUGGCUGAUCUCAUACUUAAGAAGACUCUAGGGAGGAGACUUUAAAUACAGGACAUUUUCUUGUAGAUCUUUAAUAAAAUGAGCAUUAUGAAAACAGUCAAGACAAUAUGAAUAUCUCAGUGUAGUUAAUCGAAUGGGAAUGAAGCAGGACUCUAAAAUUGGAAGUGCAAAUAUUUUGAAUAAAGCAAAAUGAAAAUAGCUUAUAGCAGAGAACUGAAAAAAAAAUACACUUAUUGCCACCUGCUUCAUUGUCUUGAAAUUCAGACCAUAAAUUUGGUUCUACCCAAUUAUUGGUGAAGUGAUUAAAGCAUUCUCACUGCUUGGCUUAGUGUCUGUUUAUGGCAUGGUGGCUUGGAAUCUGGUGGUGCCUCCAGUGCACUAAUUUGUGCUGCCUGGAAAGGUGCCCAGUCUGGCAGUGACCUUCGCUGACACCCUCCUUGCUGGCCAUGAGUAGCACAGCUGUGAGGCAGAGCAUGCCAGCUUCCUUUAACCUCCCCAGCCCAUCCCCUGCACAUAUAACUUUGGCCGUGUGUAUUUUUAUACUAGAAGGACGACUCCUUGGCUUGUAACAUUUCUAUGCAUUAUUUCUUUGGUCUUGUGAAAUAUAUGGUUGCCUUGGAUGACAUCCAGUGCUUUACCAUGUCUUCUUCCAUUCUUCCUGGUCCUUGACCAGCCAUCACUCAAGUCCUUUAAGAUAGGUGUUUGCUGGCCUGCGGUUCAUUUGCAGCUGUCCAGCAUUACCUUGUUCUUCAUCUACUUCUGUGUGGCAAUCCUAGGAAAACAUGCUUUGAGGUAAUUUAUACUCUGUUACUUCGCCAUUGUCCUUUCUCUUGGAUGCAUGUCCACUAAAUUCUAGAGGCUCUGAAGCUGGUGGAGGGGCGGGGCCUCUUUUCUCCAUUUGUUCCCCUUCCUCUCUCAGCUGCGCCCAGUUCAGCACAGUGGGCAGUUGAGUGAGUCCCUGAUUUCAUUAAACCACUCAUUUUAACUUUGGCUUGGAAGGGAGGGCCCCUCUGUUCUGGUCACAUUUUUGGCUUAUGUAAAAUAUAAAUGUGGGCCCUUCAUUUCUGCUACUAACUGAUGAUAGGGAUGAGUCAAAACCUAACCCACCCAGAAACUUACCAACUGCUUUUCAUCAGAAUUGCCAACAGAGACUGGCAGGCUGUUCAAGCAUCUCUGCAUUUCCAUCUGUUUUGCUCUGUGCUGAUUCUGGGGAAGUGAGCAGGCAAACACGGAACUGGAGAAUGUGUUGUGAUCUAGCAACCUUGUUUUCUGUGGACCAGUGUCAGGCUUUUUGUUUUCCAGGCAAUUGAUUUCUCUUAUUUGGGGAUGGAGUGUGCUUUUGUCACUUCCAAAACACUCGUCUCCUAAUAGACACAUACCUCAUUGCCUUACACCCACAGGCUUUUAACUAUAUAGAGAACAUUGUGAAAAUUACUACCACUGAUUGGUCCUGGCUUUAGCUAUAUAGGUCACCAUCUAUCUUGGGAAAAACAAAACAAAACAGAAAAAAAAAGAACUGAAAUAUACCAUUAGAGCCAUCUAAUAGCUCAUCAAUACUCUUUCUCCUAAUUCUCAUUAUUCAUCUGUUAUAAUUUGUAUUGCUUGUUCUUAAAUAGUCCCACCACUAUUUUUACAAAUAUCUUGAAUUUUAGGAAAAGCAGAAUUAAUAGUCAAUAGAACUGAGAGUAACAUUGAAGGCACUGGCAGAGGGUUGUGAUGGUCAGGAAGAAGCAGCAAUACAAAAGUGAUCUGUCAGGUUAACAGAGCGUGUGUACUUCAGAGAGGCAUGUCACCAUUAUUCUACCAUGCUGCAAAUAACGGCCCUGAGGGGUUUUUACUAUAUGGAACAUAAAGUAAAGGUAAGCAUUAUGUAAAAUCAUGAUAUUUGUCCUCACACUUUGAGUUGCUGUAUGGUUCAAAGGUGACGCUGUUCUAUUCAGACCUCACCACAUAGUGGAGUCACCUCCAGAGGCCUGUCAGCAUGCUUGUCCACUCUCUCCUAGGCAUACUUUGUACCUGGAAAUAAAAUAUGGUUCAUGGAAGUGAGAGAUUGAGUGACAUGCUCUAUAUAGUAGGAAUCGAGAUUAUUGUAAUAUUCCAGAAGCCUGUAGACUUGCUCCACUUUCCACCGUGGCUUCCUUCUCCACCCUCUGACACCCCCUCCUGCAUUCAUACAGGUACGAGUCUAUAUAGUGUAUGCAACCAGGGUAGCAGUUCAGUUGUAGGCAGUUUCCAGGUCAAGAAAAUCAGGUUUUUACGUACUUGGUUCUCUGGAAUUUUGAGUUGUUGGAUUAGAAGCGUAAACACUUGCAUUGUGGAACUCACUGAUAUAUUCUAGACAAUACCUCUUUGAGGACUUGAAAAGGUAAUUUCACCUGAAUUUGAUUAAAACACUUCUUGCUCUGUCUGAGACUUGUACUUGGUAGACUGGAUUUAUUUAGGUUUUGUUAAAAAACAUCUCGAAACAGUUUGUCUGUACAGUCUGAGUUCUUAGAAAAUGUUCAUAUUUUCCUCUGGAAGGGCACAGUUAAGCUUUCUAAUAGUAAUAAUUACAGUAAAUGUCUCUUAUAUUAUUUUUUUCACAGAUACCAUGUAUGAUAAAUAGAUUUGAUCCUCUUUUAUUAAUGGUUCCUUGAUGGCCAGGCUGUUUUAUUGGAUUACCUAGUUUCUAGUGAAGUCAUUUUACUAGUGUUGUUGCACUGUCUACAGUAUGUAGUUUUGGCAUCUUCAUUCUUCAAAUGCUUGUUGUAAACAAUGUUCCAUCCUUCAUCUGUUGCCAAGUAUCAAACAACUCUUGAAGUUUCAGUGGUAUAGGAAAGACAAAAGGCUUUUAUUUGCCAUUGCUGAUUUGCUAGUGGGAGUGACUGCUGAAGCCUACAGAUGUGUCUGAGCUAGGCUCAUGCACCACACGUGCCUUGUUUGAGAGGUGUACUACAGGAACAGUCACCGUGGUGGAGGUGAUAGAAGCGUCCAGGCACAGCCUGGUAUCAUUGCCUACUUACCACUCCCUGCAACAGUCUCCAUCUUCAGUCUGACUCCUCAAGCACUGUCUGUAAUGGAACAAAGCAAGUGGAUUUUGCAACUUGCAUUGUAUCACAAGCUUAGAGUGGAUGAUUCUCUCUUUGCCUCCUCUCUUCUGAAUUCUCAUCCAGCAGUUUUCAGUGCUUUCUCUCUGCUUGAGCAACAGCUUCCAAACCAUUGUCAUCCAGUCUUCUCAGGGUACACCUUUGUCAUCUAGAAAGUUCCUUGGUAGGGAAGGCAACUAAAUGCUCUAUUUUUAUUUGCAUAUCAUCACUCUGGCCCUUAUUUUGUAAAAACUCAUUAUUACCAACGUAGAUUACAAUGGUAACAAUAAUUCUAACUCUGCUGCGAACUCUUGCUUUCAAAAUGUAGAGCUGUUGCCCAUAUGCUGUUGCUUUAUUCUAGAAAGUUGACUCUGUCAUCAUUCAUUUCACACUGGAGGAUUUUAACCAAGAAAUGCCAGUCACAUGGCUUAGCAGAAUCUGAAGAGCUGUGCCUCCUCAGCCUUUAUAGACAGUGUGGUACGAAGAUAAGGUCCUUCCUGGCCUAGGGACCUCACCUAGAGUGAAUGCAAACCUGCUUUGGCCACUUUUUGGCCAUUUGCCAUACUCUUACUCUCUACCUACACACUUUAUUCCCAGUUUCUUAUGAGCUGCCUCCUUUUCAGCAGCGCAACUGAUUGGUCUGCCUAGGGUUCCCCUUUUUUAAGUUGCUGGGGCAGAACAAGGUGACUAAUGUAUAGUAGUAGCUCCAACUACAACAUGCUGGAAUGCGCAAUUUUAGAAAAAGAAGAAUUAGAAUUUUAUGUUAUGCUGUGAAGAGAGACAAGAGAAUUGGUAAUUCCAAUUUAAAUUAAUCUGAUUUAAAGGGGGGGGGAAACAAUAACAAAAACCCUGAUCUGCCUGUAUUUUUUAAGCAAAGCUUUCUUCUGGUCUCCAGGAGAUUAGGUGACAGUCCUUAGGGCUGACCUUGUCAUGGUCAUGCAUGAACUGAAUUUAACCAUCUGGUACAUAAUUGGUGAUUAGGAGGACGUUGAUGACUCCCUGUAGAAUUAUGCCACUCAGUGCCCUUGCAUAGCCUACAGUGAGCUGCAGAGAUACUAAUGCCAUUUCCUGUUCAGUUCCUCAGUAAGAGACAGCCUGAAUAGGAAGAGAAAAUUCUCAUCGAAGCAUUUACAGUGCAGCCUAAAUUCUACUUCUGCCUUUUGGCUGAUGAUCUAAUGACACUGUUUCAGCUACAAUUUUUAAAAAAUAUUAUGUGUACAUAGAAAGUAAUAUUUCAUUAAAUACAGAAAAAUAUUUUAUUUAAUUUUUAAAGGUAAUAUCUCUUAUGUAUAGACAUGUAAUCCUAGUUACUGAUUACAUGCUUGUUCCUGGCUUUUUAUUUCUAAGUGGAAUCAUUCCACAGUACAUUUUAAGGUUCUUUUAAGGUCUUACAUAUUCACCCACAUUGAAUUUGCUGCCUUCUCAUGGGCGGCCUUUUCAUCUCUCUGUCUUUGGCUGAUGUGUCACUGGCUUCCUUGUUGAGUAUAGGAGUCCUGUCCACUGCAGGAAAAGCAACUGAUUCCAAAAUAAACAAUGUCAUUAUACUUAAAAGCACUCAUAAACCAUGUGACAUGAUGUUAUGUGACUCAGUAUAUGUCCCCAUGUCUAGGGUGAAACCAGAUAUUCAACAUAUAGCCACAUACAAAUCAAGAGUUGCUUAUGAGACAUUAUAUUAUUUUUUCUUACUGCUUAAAACUAACAUAUUUUUAGGAGACUGUUAAGAACCUUUCACAACUGUAUCUGAGAAUUUUACAUUUCGCAUAGAAAUUAAAAGAAAUCUACCAUGCAGCAAUGACUUGGUGGAAACAUGUUCAUUUUUUUAUUUAUCUGUCUAUAUCAUACAUUUGUUCAGACAUCUUCUGAUCCCACUCCCCACUUAUAAUGCUGGGCUGAUCAGGUACAUUCAGGAUGGUGUGGUCAUAGACCCUUAUUCACUUCUGUUGUAGUUUUUUUCUGUAUGCUCAUUAAUAAUCUGUUCCGUAUGAAAGGAGUGAGAUUGAACCUACUGCCAAUUAAACUGUAUUCAAUAAUGAUAGCAAUAUCCUGGCAAUAUUUUUUAUUUCCAGCAUGCUGAGAACUGAGGAGAAGAAUGUCUUUCUUCCCCGCAAAGGUCUGCUGAGCUUCAGUGUCUCAUCCUGACUGAGUGUCAGAACCCAUUGAUUAUGGUCCACAUACAGGUGCAGCUGGGAGAAGGCUGCCUGUCUAAGAGUUUCUGUGGCUGGGAUUGAGCAAAAGCAGCCUGGAGAGGGAAGGAUUUAGUUCAUCUUAAAAUGUGUAGUCCAUUAUUCAGAGAAGUUAGGACAGGAACUCAAAGAGAGCCCAAACCUAAAGGCAGAGGCCAUGGGAGGGUGCUGCUUACUGGCUUGCUUCCUGUGGCUUCAUCAACCUGCCUUCUUAUAGUACCCAGGACCAUUAGCUCAGUUGGUGGCACUGACCACAGUGAAAUGGGCUCU